AUGAUUUUUCGGUUCGGUUAUCCGAAAAUUUUUCUAGAACCGACAACCCUAUACCUGAAUAUUAAACCAAAAAUAAUUUUAAUAUUUUCUACAGAAUCAAUUUGGAGAAAGCAUAUUUUUGUUUUAUUUCAUGAUCGUUUAUGUUAUUUAAUCCAACCAAUUGAUGAUGAAAAUAAAAUAAAUAAUAAAUUAAAUAAUGUUAUUAGAGAGAAAAGUUUUGGAAGUCAAAAUGAUGAAAAUUUUAAUGGAGAUGAAUUGGAGGAAAAUAAUGGAGGGAAUAAUGGACAUAGAAAUAGCAUUACUUCAACAACAACAACAUUAUUAGUCGAAGAUUGUUCAAAUUGUCACAUAACAGAAGAAUGGUUUCACGGUAAAAUAGACAGAGAAGAAGCAAAGGAAAGAUUAAUUAAAAAUAAAAUAAAUGGAACAUUUCUUGUGCGAGAAUCAAAUACUUUUAUUGGAGACUUUACUCUUUCAUUUUUAUUCAACAAUGAAGUACAUCAUUGCCGGAUAAAAACAAAUAUUUUACCUGGAGGAGAAAAACGUUAUCAUUUAUUGGAUACUUUGAAAAAAGAAAGUUUAUAUGAAUUAAUUAGUUAUUAUAUGAAACAUUCUUUAAAUACUCCUAAUUUUAAGGUUUACCAACAAUGGUUUUGUUUAAAUUGUGAUACACAAAAAGCAGAGGAAUUAUUAACAAAAUUUGGAGAAGAUGGGGGAUUCCUUAUUCGUUAUAGCAAAAAUGAUACAGAUUCUUUUGUUUUGUCGUUAAGGGUAGAUUCAAUAAAUUGGCAUUUAAGAUUAAAAAGGGAAGGAAGAGUUUUUGUUGUUGGAAAUCAAAUAUUCGAGAAUUUGUGUCAAUUAGUUGAAUAUUUUGGAAAAAUACAAUUUUUUAGAGGAAUUUGUUUAAAAUAUCCAGUUAAUGAAGAAACGGUAAAGGAUAAAAAUACAAAAGAAAAUUUAAAUUCUUUAAAAGAAGAAGAGGAUAAUCAAGUUGAUGGCUGUUAUGUUGAAUUAAACGAUUUGAAAAAUGAAUUCCAAGUAGAGGCAAUAGAAUCAUUUGAAGAAGUUCAAUUUAUUGAAGAUUUAAUGUUAAAAGAUUAUUUUAAAGAAGGAAUACCUUAUAAUGGUAAAGCUUUAUGUUUUCCUCUUGGUGCUAAAAUUACUGUUUUACAAAAAUAUUUUUUAAAUAAAAAUGAAGAACAAAAAGAAAUAGAUAAAUGGCUAUAUUUAGGUAGAUAUAAUAAUGAGAUUGGUUGGUUUCCACCUUGUAGUGUUAAUGAGGUUUCUGAUGUUUCUUUUGAAUCUAAUAAUUCUAGUAGCGAAUUAAAUUAUGGAACUAUUGAAUUGGCUGGAACUUCUUUUGAAGAAAAUAGAGAAGAACGUCCUUAUUCAUUCAAAAUUUCUUUAACACAAUCUCAUUGGAAAGUUCGAGUUUAUAUAGUUGCUACAGAUAAUGAAGAGGAAUUAAAAGAAUGGUUAUUAAUAUGUCAACAACAAUCUAGACAAGCAAAUGAUAAAAUACAGCAAUUAAGGAAUAGGGAAAGACAAUUGAGAAUUGCUAGUCAAUUGUCCUGUUUAGUGGUUUAUUGUCAAGCUGUGCCUUUCAAUCCAGAUUUUAAAUUACAAGAUCAAAGAAAUUCUUUUUUUGAAAUGUGUUCUUUUAGUGAAUCAAAGCAUGAUAAAUUAAUAGAGAAAGGUUUACCUUUAUUUAAUCAACGUCAACUGUCCAGAGUAUAUCCACAAGCUAGUCGUUUAACUUCAACAAAUUUUAAUCCAGUACCAAUGUGGAAUAGUGGAUGUCAUAUGGUUGCUCUAAAUUUUCAAACUGGGGAUAAACCUAUGCAAUUAAAUUUUGGACGUUUUAAUGCAAAUGGAAGGUGUGGAUAUGUCUUAAAACCUCAAUAUUUAAUGGAUGAAACUUUUUGGCAAAAACAACAAAAUGAAUUAUUUAAUCAAAAAUUAGAGGGAGUAAAGAAAAAAUUACUUUGUCGAUUUUGCCGCAAUAAAAGCAAAAUACCUUUAAAUAAAGAAAAAGAAAAUGGAGAUUUACAAAAAUGUUGUUGUGACAAAUUAAAUUUAGAUUUUGAUGAAAAUUUGGAAGAAAAACAAAAAGAAAAUAAUUUAAAUGGAAUAAUUAAUAAUAAGGUUAAUAAUAAUUCCUCAACACUUUUUACUUCAAAUAGACCAAUUAUUUUAAUUAUUACAAUUAUUGCUGGAAGACAUUUAACUCGUAAAAGUGGUUAUGAUAAAGGGGGAAUUUGUUCUCCAUAUGUUGAAAUUGAAUUACUUGGAUUUGGAAAUGAUUCUCAAAUUCAAAAAACAAAUACUAUAUGUUCAAAUGGUUUAAGCCCUGUUUGGCAAGAACGCUUUUAUUUUAAAAUAAAAUAUCCAGAAAUGGGCCUUUUACGCUUUUUUGUUGAAGAUGCGGAUUUUGUUGGGCCUAAAACGGAUCCUUUUAUUGGCCAAGCAAUAUUUCCAAUUGACUGUAUUCGACCUGGAUUUCGUUCAAUUUCAUUACUUAAUCAAUUUAAUGAACCUUUAGAAUUAUCUGCUUUGCUUGUGCAUGUUGAAAUUCGUGAAUGGAAACAUUUUAAUACAACAAUAACAACCACAAAAUGUCGUUCAAAUUCACUUUUAGUUGCUGGAAAUUCUUUAAAUUUUUCUUCAAAAAUUUCUUCUUCAUCAUUUUCUGAUGGAAGUAAUUUAAAUAAUAAUUUAAUUGAGGAAAACCCUCCAAUUUUGAAUAUUCACCAAUAUUUACAAUUUGGACGUUCAAUUUUAGCUGAUUCUCAACAAGAGCAAUUAAUUGAAAAUAAUUCUUCUUUAGAAUCUUCUGGAAUGAUCUCAACAAAAGAAUUAAGGCAAACAAAUAAUUUAGAAGAUUAUACUUUUAGAAAUCCAACAACAAUAUCACCACCAAAUAAUAAUAGAAAUUCAGCUUUGCGUAAUGGAUCGAGUACUUUAAGAAAACUUUUCCGAUUGGGUCGAAAUAGCAAUAAUUAG